GGCGCGGCGCGGAGCCGAGCAGGACGACCGCCAUCUUGCGCGCAGCUGGAAUCGGAGCCUGAGGUUGCAGCCGAGAGUGCACGCCAGCCCGCGGCCCAGCCGAAGCUCUUUCCCGCCGCCUCUCCGCGCUUCGCCCAGGUCCAGCUCCGCCUGACCCUCCGCUUGGCACGGUCCCCUGACCCUCAGUCCGGCCCGGUCCGGCCUCCCAGCGGGGUCCCGCAGCCGCCCCGGGGACGAUGAACGGAGGAUAAAUGGUGCCCAAGGCAGACAGCGGCGCCCUCCUGCUGCUCUUCCUGCUCGUGCUCACUGUCACCGAGCCGCUGCGGCCAGAGCUGCGGUGCAACCCUGGGCAGUUUGCGUGUCGCAGCGGCACCAUCCAGUGCAUCCCCCUCCCCUGGCAGUGUGAUGGCUGGGCAACUUGCGAGGAUGAGAGCGACGAAGCCAACUGUCCAGCUUCCAGUCUCAGGCCCAGCUCCUCAGAAGCUCAGGUGGCUCUUCCCUUCUCCACCAAGUGCUGAUGCCCCAUCCCAGUGGCUGCAUCCCUGCAUCAGAGCUACCAAAGUGACCGGGGAGGCACGUCCUCACCAUGGGAAGGAGGCUGUGGAUCCACGGCAGGGGCGGGCCAGAGGAGGCGACCCUACGCACUUCCACGCGGUGAACGUGGCACAGCCCGUUCGCUUCAGCAGGAAGUGCCCGACAGGGUGGCACCACUACGAAGGCACGGCCAGCUGCUACAGGGUCUACCUGAGCGGGGAGAACUACUGGGAUGCCGCGCAGACCUGCCAGCGCCUGAAUGGCUCUCUCGCCACCUUCUCCACCGACCAGGAGCUGCGCUUUGUCCUGGCCCAGGAAUGGGACCAGCCUGAGCGGAGCUUUGGUUGGAAGGACCAGCGCAAGUUGUGGGUUGGCUAUCAGUAUGUUAUCACCGGCCGGAACCGCUCCUUGGAAGGUCGCUGGGAGGUGGCAUUCAAAGGCUCUUCAGAGGUGUUCCUGCCCCCAGACCCCAUCUUUGCCUCGGCCAUGUCUGAGAACGACAACGUGUUCUGUGCCCAGCUUCAGUGCUUCCAUUUCCCCACCCUGCGGCACCACGACCUCCACAGCUGGCACGCUGAGAGCUGCUACGAGAAGUCUUCAUUUCUGUGUAAAAGAAGUCAAACGUGUGUUGACAUCAAGGACAACGUGGUGGAUGAAGGGUUCUACUUCACCCCUAAGGGGGACGACCCAUGCCUGAGCUGCACCUGCCAUGGAGGGGAGCCUGAGAUGUGUGUGGCUGCUCUCUGUGAGAGGCCCCAGGGCUGCCAGCAGUACCGCAAGGACCCCAAAGAGUGCUGCAAGUUCAUGUGUCUGGACCCAGAUGGCAACAGCCUGUUCGACUCCAUGGCCAGCGGGAUGCGCCUGGUCGUCAGCUGCAUCUCCUCCUUCCUCAUCCUGUCACUGCUGCUCUUCAUGGUCCACCGGCUGCGCCAGCGGCGCCGGGAGCGCAUCGAGUCCCUGAUUGGAGCAAACUUGCACCACUUCAACCUCGGCCGCAGGAUCCCUGGCUUUGAUUACGGCCCAGACGGGUUCGGCACGGGCCUCACGCCGCUGCAUCUUUCUGAUGACGGAGAGGGUGGGACUUUCCACUUCCACGACCCUCCACCUCCCUACACGGCAUACAAGUACCCGGACAUCGGCCAGCCCGACGACCCCCCGCCGCCCUACGAGGCCUCCAUCCACCCGGACAGUGUGUUCUAUGACCCUGCAGACGAUGAUGCUUUUGAGCCUGUGGAGGUCAGCCUGCCAGCCCCUGGGGAUGGUGGGAGUGAAGGUGCAUUACCCCGGCGCCUGGAACAGCCUCUGCCCACUGCGGGGGCCUCUCUGGCAGACCUGGAAGACUCUGCCGACAGCAGCAGCGCCCUGCUUGUGCCCCCUGACCCUGCCCAGAGCGGGAGCAACCCAGCUGCAGAGGCACUGCCAGGGGGCAGCCGCCACAGCCGCAGCUCCCUCAAUACUAUGGUGUAGACGGCCCGGCCUAUACCCCAACGGUCUGGGAGCAUCUGUCUGUCGUCGAAAACACCGGUCCCUGGGGAGACUUGAAAGGCCCCUGUCCCAGCCUGGACACCACACACUGCCGCACAUCACUGGCGGGCACGCGUGUGUACAUAGAGACCACAGCCCGCCUCCUGCCAAAAGAAGUGAUGGCCUGCACCGAGCUUCCUUGAGGGCUUCAGAAACAUGCAUAGCUUUGGAUCACUGUCUUCUCCUUUAUAAAUGGCAGAAGAGUGACAAAAUUCGUUCAGACCACACAUGUCAAAGGCAGGGAAUGAAAAAGGUACUGUGGGCCAUGGCCACGCCUGACGCAUCUUUAGUGGGCCUGCUCGGUGCAGUGCGCUGUCCAGAGACACCUGCUGACCCAGUCUGGGACGGGCACAGCGGGAGCUGCCACAGUGCCCCUUGCUGGCCGCCCUCAGGAGGGGGCCUCUGGACUGUCAGUGUGGUGUAGGCAGUGGGUCUGCUUCAGGGAGGCAGCCUCUUUGCCACAACGGCUGUACUGACGAUGGCCCCCACACGCCCAGCUGUGAAAAUCAAGGUGACCCUGCCCCUGGCUGGGAGCUCCCCUAGGGCUCUGGAACCUGAAGCCCUGAGAAGGAGAGCUUGGAAGGAGGUUGAGCUCUUCACUGUG